AUGGGUCAUGAAUAUAAUAUUGAUUAUUGGAGAUGGGAAGAAGGAGAUAGCGAUGAGGAAGCCAAGAAUAGGAAGAUACCAUCAAAAGGGUUUGGUGGUUUGCAUGCCAAUAAUUAUCCUGCUGCAGAUGAUGAUGAUGAAGAUGAGGAUGACGAUGCUCUUUGGGCCAAAGAAGGACACGAUUUGGAUUUCUCCGAUGCUGGAUUAAACAAGCGGGAUCCUGGUGAAGCCAUGGAGGUAGAUAGUCUUAAUCUAUCUACAUCAUCUUUCUGUAGAAGAAGAGCUUCUACUUCCCAUGAUCAAGGAAAUCAGAUGAGAAACUCUAUACGUGGCGACAACCUUAUUCCACCGAUGGCAUUCUCUAGUAGAGCUUCAAGUGCUCAAGGUAGGCCAUUAUCUACAAGAGCUUCACCUUCCUAUGAUCAAGGAAAUAAGCAGAGAAGCCCUCCUAUAUCUUCUGGCAGUAAUCAUCAUAACCCUAGUAACGUUGAUAAAGAAGACUCCCCACAUGCCAUGGAUGGUGAUGAUGAUGAUGAUGAUGAGACUGAUGAGUAUGCAAAGGAAUUUCAACUAGCUCUUUAUGAACAAUCAUUACUGGAUGAUGAUGAGUUUGAAAGGAAUAUGCAACUUGCCAUUAAUCAAUCCUUGCAAACCUCUGAUCGUCCCGACCUAAAGCAAAAAGGUGUAUGCAAGUCUGAUCCGCUGAAAAAACUGGACAGUCAUUGUUUCAAGGAAGAACUCAAAAGGUUUGGAAUGGGGGCAUCAGGCAAUAGGGGAGAGCCAAUGGCUUCAUUAUGCGUGAUCUGUGGUGAUGAUAAAUCUACAGGAAACAUGAAGAAAGGUCCAAACUGCAGCCAUUUUUUCUGCCCGGGAUGCAUUAAUGCUUAUGUUUGGGAAAAAAUGGAGGGCCAAAUUGAGAACAUGGAAUCCACGACCGCGAAAUGCCCACACAAAGAUUGCAGGGAAAUCUUGAGUGCAAAGCAAUGCAGGGAAUUCCUCAUCACCCCUGAACUUCUUAAAGGUUAUGUGCAGAAUGAGAAUCGUUUGACUAGAUUACUCGCGGUGCCAAAGUACUUUAAAUGUCCAUUUGAAGAUUGUUCGAGACCCAUUUUGGAUGACGAGCUUUGUUUCAAGAUUAGGGCCUGCUCAUUUUGCAGUAGAAUCUUCUGCAUGAUUUGUAAACGUCCGUGGCAUUUAGGAUUGACUUGCGCCGAAUCUCGGAACCUGAUUGAGGAACAACGACGAAAAGAACGGUUAUUAGCCUAUAUGAUGGAGCUCCGAAAAAAUCUCGGGGUUGAGGAUCUCUACUUCUCGGGACCUAGAAAUUUGUUGGAUUAAUCAACACAAAAAGGAGUGCACACAAGUCUUACCAAACGUCUUGUUGAGAGCCUCCAAAUUUGGAGCUUGUUCCAGGAUGGUUGACGAUUGAGGAUGGUGGAGUCUUGAUCAGGGCUUUGUCCACUUUGCUGUGGAGGAUCUUCUCCUGCUUUUGGCUUUUGUAAAGUCCGAUUUAUAUAGGAUGAUAGACUGAGAUGUAACAGUGGUAUAUUUCUCCAAAAGUUUGCCUUUUGUUUUGGUUUCAAACACUUUUUACAUUUUGAGAAAAACCUUUAGCUGAUGUGGAG